GUACAAAGCUGCACCGCUGACGCCUACCGCGCAUGUUCUGCUGCUGUGGCGACAGCCGUCACGACAGAACCAGCAGUCUCCUGCACCGCAGAGGAGCUGCAGUGCGGCGCCAUUUGCCUCCCACUCUCCACGCGGUGCAAUGGCGCCUCAGAGUGCGACGACGGGGAGGACGAACUCAACUGCCCAGGAAGCUGUGCAUCAAACCAGUUUCAUUGCGACGGCGUUUGCUUCCCCCGCAAGAUUUUAUGCAACGGCCGGACAGAGUGCGACGACGGGACCGACGAGGCCAACUGUGCAGUGGGGCCGCAGUCCCGCUGUGAUGCCUCCUUGUGCCCGUGCUCCGUGCCCGGCAUGGAACGCGUGUGUUUACCAUGUCACGAGCUGCACAACGUCACGGACACCUGUCAUAAAUUGAAAUCCGGGAAGCCUCUUUGCUCCGUGAGAAAGGCGCCUGGUGUGGACAUCGAUGUACUAACCUGCGGCGGUCAGGAUCUGCAGCUGAACUUUGGAACAUUCGAAAGGACAUCAAGGCCCUGCAUCCGAAAUAUGAAGGUGCCUGUGCUGACGGUGGUCCUGGCUGAGUGCUGGGGCAGUGCAACCCUGGCUCUCAG